CGAGUGAGCAACAGUCUCUUAUUCAACUCCAAGCAACAAUAUGGGAAAACUAACUCUUUACGGCAUCGAUCUCAGUCCGCCAGUUCGCUCUGUGCUGCUCACCCUGAACGCCUUGGGGUUGCCGUUCGAGUACAAGGUGGUCAAUCUGCUUGGGGGCGACCAUCUUAAGCCGGAAUUCCUCAAGAUGAACCCCCUGCACACAGUGCCCACACUGGACGACGAUGGUUUCUACUUGUACGACAGUCACGCCAUUAAUGCCUACCUCGUGGCCAAAUACGGCAAGGAGGACUCUCUCUACCCCAAGGACCUGCAGCAGCGGGCGAUCGUGGAUCAGCGUUUGCACUACGACUCCAGCGUUAUUGGCAGCACCGUCAGGGCAAUCACGUAUCCCUUGAUCAGGGAAAACCAAACUGAAAUCCCGCAGGCCAAAAUCGAUGCCCUUUCGGGGGUCUACGAGUCUCUGAACACGUUCCUAAAGAGCACCGAUUACUUGGCUGGAAAUAACCUGACUAUUGCUGACUUCAGCGCCAUCGCGAUCCUGUCAGGUACUUCGAUUUUCCUCGAAGUGGAUGCCACAAAAUUCCCCAAUCUGGCAGGCUGGGUUCAGCGUAUCAAAAAGUUACCCUACUACGAGGAGGUCAACGGAUCGAAAGUGUCUCAGUUCACAAACUUCAUCAAGAGCAAGAACUUCAAAAUUGUCUGAGAUCCUCUUAAAAAUAAUACAUAGACCAU